AUGGCCCCUGGAGCCCCAUACUCCCCAAAUCAGAGUGACACACACUGGGCCUCCCCUGGAGUUCACCCUACCCAGCCUCCCCUGGAGUUCAGCCUCCCUGGAGUUCACCCCCAGCCUCCCCUGGAGUUCACCCUACCCAGCCUCCCUGGAGUUCACCCUACCCAGCCUCCCCUGGAGUUCACCCUACCCACCCAGCCUCCCUGGUGUUCACCCUACCCAGCCUCCCUUGGAGUUCACCCUACCCAGCCUCCCCUGGAGUUCACCCUACCCAGCCUCCCUGGAGUUCACCCUACCCAGCCUCCCUGGAGUUCACCCUACCCAGCCUCCCUGGAGUUCACCCUACCCAGCCUCCCUGGAGUUCACCCUACCCAGCCUCCCCUGGAGUUCACCCUACCCAGCCUCCCCUGGAGUUCACCCUACCCAGCCUCCCCUGUUCACCCUACCCAGUGUUCACCCUACCCAGCCUCCCCUGGUGUUCACCCUACCCAGCCUCCCCUGGAGUUCACCCUACCCAGCCUCCCCUGGUGUUCACCCUACCCAGCCUCCCCUGGAGUUCACCCUACCCAGCCUCCCCUGGAGUUCACCCUACCCAGCCUCCCUGGAGUUCACCCUACCCAGCCUCCCCUGGAGUUCACCCUACCCAGCCUCCCCUGGAGUUCACCCUACCCAGCCUCCCCUGGAGUUCACCCUACCCAGCCUCCCCUGGAGUUCACCCUACCCAGCCUCCCCUGGUGUUCACCCUACCCAGCCUCCCCUGGUAUUCACCCACCCACCCUGGAGCCAACCCAGCCCCUGGAGUUCACCCUGGAGUUCACCCAGCCUCCCUGGAGUUCACCCUACCCAGCCUACCCAGCCUGGAGUUCACCCAACCCAGCCUCCCCUGGAGUUCACCCUACCCAGCCUCCCCUGGUUCACCCUACCCAGUUCACCCUACCCAGCCUCCCCUGGAGUUCACCCUACCCAGCCUCCCCUGGAGUUCACCCUACCCAGCCUCCCCUGGUGUUCACCCUACCCAGCCUGGAGUUCCCUGGUAGUUCACCCUACCCAGCCUCCCUGGAGUUCACCCUACCCAGCCUCCCCUGGAGUUCACCCUACCCAGCCUCCCCUGGAGUUCACCCUACCCAGCCUCCCCUGGAGUUCACCCUACCCAGCCUCCUGCCCCUGGAGUUCACCCAACCCAGCCUCCCCUGGAUCUCCCCUGGAGUUCAACCCAGCCUCCCCUGGAGUUACCCAGCCUCCCUGGACUUCACCCAGCCUCCCCUGGAGUUCACCCUACCCAGCCUCCCUGGAGUUCACCCUACCCAGCCUCCCCUGGAGUUCACCCUACCCAGCCUCCCCUGGAGUUCACCCUACCCAGCCUCCCCUGGAGUUCACCCUACCCAGCCUCCCCUGGAGUUCACCCUACCCAGCCUCCCCUGGAGUUCACCCUACCCAGCCUCCCCUGGAGUUCACCCUACCCAGCCUCCCCUGGAGUUCACCCUACCCACCCAGCCUACCCAGCCCCUGGAGUUCACCCUACCCAGCCUCCCCUGGAGUUCACCCUACCCAGCCUCCCCUGGAGUUCACCCUACCCAGCCUACCCUGGAGUUCACCCUACCCAGCCUCCCCUGGAGUUCACCCAACCCAGCCUUCCCUGGAGUUCACCCUACCCAGCCUCCCCUGGAGUUCACCCUACCCAGCCUCCCCUGGUGUUCACCCUACCCAGCCUCCCCUGGUGUUAACCCUACCCAGCCUCCCCUGGAGUUCACUCUACCCAGCCUCCCCUGGAGUUCACCCUACCCAGCCUCCCCUGGUGUUCACCCUACCCAGCCUCCCCUGGAGUUCACUCUACCCAGCCUCCCCUGGAGUUCACUCUACCCAGCCUCCCCUGGAGUUCACUCUACCCAGCCUCCCCUGGCGUUCACCCUACCCAGCCUCCCCUGGAGUUCACCCUACCCAGCCUCCCCUGGAGUUCACCCUACCCAGCCUUUCCUUUAA